CUGGUACCCUGUUAUUUUUGUGUGUGUUAUUGCCGCGAGUCUUGAGAUUCUGCGGCGCAGCUCGCCUUGAAUACAUUGUUACAGUUAAGCUUGGGAUGUAUUGUUCUCUCCGAGCGCCGGGAAACCACACCGCCUUUUAAUAAUAACGCGCCACGGUCACAUUUGCGGUCGGGAAGCGCUUAUUAACCGAGAAUAAGCGCCGCUAUGGUCGUUUAUUUAAGCCGUAGAAUUGUGAGCGGAGCCUCACAAAACUUCCGCAAACGCGCAAGCGGCUGUAAGAAAAGCGGCUGUCAUAAGGGCGGAGGCGGUUUCUGUGUAGAUUGGUCGCGUUGCCGAGGUGCCCUUCAGGCGAGCCGACGGGUCCAGUCCGGUCCGCAGCCUCAAUUCUUGAACGCCAUGGCCAGUGACGACCGAGUGGCAAUCCUGACAGACGAUGAGGAGGAUCAGAAAAGGAGAUAUGUCCUGGCCGAGCCUUUCAACACGCUGACCUUGGACAAAAUGAUAGAUCUAGGAGGCCCCGGGUCCAGCCCAGCCAGCCCCACAGUCGAGAGCCCAGGGACCCCACAGCCGCUGAGCCCCGACUGCCUAGAGAGGAGCUGCGUUCGCAUUGACAACCACCUGCUCAUCUCCAAGGUCUUCUACUUCUUCUUCUACGCAGCAUAUGGCUCGCUGCACCCACUGCUGUCUGUCUACUAUAAACAGCUGGGUAUGUCACCCACCCAGAGCGGCCUGCUAGUGGGCAUCCGCUACUUCAUUGAGUUCUGCAGCGCCCCCUUCUGGGGUGUAGUGGCUGACCACUUCAAGAAGGGCAAGGUGGUGCUGCUCUUCUCAGUGCUGUGCUGGCUUGUCUUCAACUGCGGCAUCGGCUUUGUCAGACCCGCUGACGCGACCUGUGAACUGAAGGGCCCUCCUGCGGAGGCCCCUCCCAAUGCCACUACAUCCUCGGCUGCCAACCAUUCCAGGCAUCACCGUGACCUUGCGGCCGUCUUCAACCCAUCCCCGUAUGAACACAUGUCUGCCUUCAGUUGGCUGUCGAGGUUUGAGAGAGGAGCCAAGGAGAACACCUCUGGAAUCCCGGGAGUCUCCACGGGGCCCCCACCUUCCUCAUCUGCUCCCAUGACUACGACAAAGCCGACCACAGCUGUCCAUGCUUCCCAAAGUGCUUAUGGCCCCAACACCUCCAGCACCAACAUGGCUACUAGUUCACUUUCUCCUACCCACAAUGCCUCUGCUGUUUCCCCCAUUCAUGGCCACAUCACCUUGCCUGCAACCACAUCCACGAAGUUGACGGUAACUGUGACAGCAUCCACAGUGUCAACGGUAUCUGUGAUGACAUCCACAAGGCCGGCUACCACGACCACCGCCAAGCCCUUCAUCCAUUACAACGAAGACCAAGUAGAGAGUAUCUUUCUUCUGAUCCUGCUGUUGGUCAUCAUCGGUGAGUUCUUCAGCGCACCGGCAGUGACUAUUGUGGACACAGUCACCCUGCAGUACCUGGGCCGGCACCGGGACCGCUAUGGGCUUCAGCGUAUGUGGGGCUCUCUAGGCUGGGGCCUAGCCAUGCUCUCCGUAGGCAUUUGGAUCGACCACACGCACAUCCGACCUGCUGGGCAGGACCCCAACUGCAGCCUGCUUGAGAAUAAGAACUACCAGAUUGCCUUCAUCGUCUUCGGGGUGCUCAUGGGUGCUGCCCUGCUGGUGGCCACCCAGUUCUACUUCGACAGUGCCGGCAGUGACAGCCUGCCAGACGUUGGGAAGCAAGAGGAGCUGGAGGAAGAUGAGGGGAAGAAGCGGGAGAUGGAGAUGCCCCAGGUGGCCCGGAACGUGCCAUCCCCAGAGGCGGGCCCUGACGAGGCUCCCAGCACCAUACCACAGCCCUUCCACUACCGGGACCUGCUUUGGCUGCUGUGCAGCGUGCGCUAUGGCACUGUGCUUUUCGUCGCCUGGUUCAUGGGCUUCGGCUAUGGCUUCGUCUUUACCUUCCUCUACUGGCACCUGGAGGACCUGAAGGGGACCCCCACACUGUUUGGCAUCUGCUCUGUGCUCAGCCAUGUCUCGGAGCUUGCCGCCUACUUCGCCAGCCACAAGCUCAUCGAGCUGGUCGGCCAUGUCAGGGUUCUGUACAUCGGCCUGGGCUGCAACACGGCUCGCUACCUGUACAUCUCCUACCUGGAGAAUGCCUGGAUCGUACUUCCCAUGGAAGUGCUCCAAGGUGUGACACAUGCCUUGGUAUGGGCAGCCUGCAUCUCGUACCUGAGCGCAGCAGUGCCCCCCGCCCUUCGCACCUCCGCCCAAGGCAUCCUACAAGGCCUGCACUUGGGACUGGGGCGAGGCUGUGGGGCCAUGGUGGGCGGGGUCUUUGUCAAGUACUUUGGAGCACCAGCGACCUUCCGAGGCCUGGGAAUGGCUUCCCUUGUGAUCCUCCUCCUUUUCUCCUUCAUCCAGUGUCUUACGGGGCAGAGUGAGGACAAAGAGGACAAGAUGCUGGCAGAGAACAUUCCGGUACCUUCCAGCCCGGUCCCCAUUGCCACCAUUGAUCUGGUGCAGCACCAUUCUGACUCGCUGGGUCCCCGUCCCGACUGCCGGUUGCCCGUCAGGAAGACGAGGCACCAGGAAGAACAGGAGGAUGUCAACAAGCCCGCCUGGGUGCUGUCGUCCUCGCCCUGGGUCACCAUCGCCUUCGCCAUUUACCAGAUCCAAGAGAUGGUUGCCAUUGCAAAGAACAGCCCCCCCUCCGAGAUCCAGCCCCUCCAGAAAACGAAUGAUGGGCUUUCCACCAAUCCUGCUGAUGAUAAGUCACAUGCACACCCAUCGAAAGACCCUGGCAUGUCCGAGGAACAGCGGACGCCCCCCCAGGAGCAAAGGCAUGCCUCCCCAGUUUUUGGCCAGCUCUCGCCCCUUCCUGAAUAUGACCGUACUGUGGCAAACCUCACUCCUAUCCCAGAGGUGGCAGAUCCCCCCUCAAUAUUACCCUCGAGUGACCAGUAAUAAGCAAACACUGUAUACUCGAGGCUGAGGGGGGGGGAUCUAGCAUGCAGAUUUCUGAUUGGUGACCUCAGCCCCCCCCCCCCCCCCCCCCGCCAUCUCCCUGAGGGAUCAUAAUGAGAGUUUCAUUGUGGCGCUAUACAAGAUAAGAGAGCAGAAGCAACAGAGCUUGGCUUGGUGUGUCCCACGCACGGCCUUCUCUGCGCGGAGUGCGUCACGCCCAGGCCAGGGCUCCUGCCCGUACCUGCAAACUGCAGGUGGUCUGACUGGCGAGGAGCAACGCUACGCGUUUGUACUCGUCACGCUUUUGCAGCCUGCGAGUGAAAACGCAGAAGUGCCUCAUCUAUGUGAAAUUAUCGUCGGCCUUUUCUUAAACAACGCGACGCCUCUAAAUACUUAAAAUGUACAAAUAAAAAUGCUGUAAAUACAACUGGGCCCUGAGAAGGUGGCCAGCAGGUCCUGUCCAACAGGGAAACCCCCAACUUUAUGCUGUACACAUGUAAGUAUGCUUCUAAUGCAUUUCAGCAUCUAGAUAAAGGAUAGCAGAGAUCACUAAACACCGCGCACUGUACUGGUAACUGGGGCGGACUUAUCAUUAUCAUACCUGCAACUCCUGAGUCCCCACCACUGUGUGUACCCAGUUUGGUGUGCCUUUAGCUUAUUGUAUGCUGUUUUGUGGCCUUUUCAAAUCUCUAGAAGGAUGAUCGCUGUUUACAUGUGUUACCGUGAUGUCAAUAUGAUGGUGCGGAAACAUGGAAAGGGAAUCAAGAUUGUUUUAAUAAAGCCAACUUCUUGACCAAA